GUGGGCACAGGUGGGUGGCACUGGUGGGCACAGGUGGGUAGCACUACUGGGCACAGGUGGGCGCACUGCUGGGCACAGGUGGGCACACUGCUGGGCACAGGUGGGUGCAUUGCUGGGCACAAGUGGGUGCACUGCUGGGUGGCACAGGUGGGUGCACUGCUGGGCACAGGUGGGCGGAAUUUGUGUGUAGCACUGCUGGGCACCGAUCAUCAGGGCACUGAUGAUCAGUCACCCUGAUGAUUGGUGCCGAUCCCCGCUCUGACAACUGCCGGUUUUUGGCAGCACUUUCCUCACGCUCUGACAGCGUGAGGAAAGUGCAGCCGAGAACCGGCAUUUGCAU